AUGGCUAAGAAAAGAAAGGCAUCAGCUCGCUCGAGCGAGCCCCAAGGCUUUGAGCCCAAAGGCGGCAAACUAGGACCUAUCACUACCUAUGAAGAUGUCGCGGAUUCAGAGGACGAGUUCCAUAUCAAUCGGGAUAAGGUGUUGCUAGAUGAAGGGCCGGAUGCGAAACGAAGGAGGAAAUUUGCGGAAGAAGAUGCCCUUCAUGAACCAUCAGAUGAAGAAGUCCUAGGGUAUUCUUCAGACAGUUCCGACGAAGACGCCGCGCCCCAAAACGCAAAUUCCGACUCUGACGAUGGAGAGCAGGAGGAGGGGGAAGAAGAAGAGGAGGGGUGGGGAACCUCCAAAAAAGACUACUACAAUGCCGACGAAAUACAAACCGAAGCCGAUGCCCUGGAGGAAGAAGCAGAAGCGAAGCGGAUCCAGCAGCGCAAACUGCAGAAAAUGACAGACGCAGAUUUCGGCUUCGAUGAAUCAGAAUGGCUGGCCCCUGCUACUACGAUCCCAGACGAGGAAAGCGAUGAUGUGAUGAUCGAGGUUUUGAAGGAUGUAGAGAUCACUGAGGAUAUGGGACCUGAAGAACGGUUACGGGUGCUGAGAACGAGAUAUCCCGAGUUCGAGAUGUUGGCGAAUGAGUUUGUGGCUUUGCAACCUACUUUGGUCGCCCUACAGCAAGACGAGCAGUCAUCCGUCACAAUUGUCAAGGCCAGAGCGCUGGCAGCAUACAUCGCAUCUCUAAGCAUGUAUUUCGCGCUCCUCACCUCCCCAACCUCACCCGCCGACCUGCGCGACCACCCCAUAAUGGACAGCCUGUUUUCCUGCCGCUCUCUCUGGACAAAAGUGUCAUUCCUCAAAGCACCAACCCCAGAAGUAGAAGUAGAAUCAGAUUCCGAACCCGAAGAAGAAACAACAACCAAACAAUCAACCCUCCCAUCCCCUAUGCAGACCCAGAAAUCCACAACAAAGCAACUAGCAAAAGCAAAAGCCGCUUCCCAAGCCGCCACCCUGCGCGCCCAAAAGAUAGCAACAGCAGACGCCUCCCUCGCAGACCUCGAUUCCCUCCUCCCAUCCCGCACCAACAAAGCCAAGAAAACCAUUUUCAACGAUACCACCGACGACACCAAUGAUUUCGGCGAGUCCUCCCACAUGACAGCAGCCGAAGCGGCAUCAAAAGCAACACGCAAAAAGUCCCUAAAAUUCUACACCUCGCAAAUAGCACAGAAAGCCAACAAGCGCACCGCCGGCGGCCGAGACGCAGACGGUGAUGCAGACCUCCCCUACAAAGAGCGGCUGCGUGAUCGCGUUGCGCGCUUAAACGCUGAGGCUACGAAACGCGGCAAGAAACUCGAUGCGUACGGCCGGGGUGCAGACCUAGGCGGCGAGAGCGGCGAUGAAGAAGAUGCAGGAGAAACAGAGGUAGCGAGGGAAGUCCGCCAGGACGGCGAAGACGAAUACUACGACCUAGUCCACGCGACUUCCACCGCCAAGAAAGCUCAAAAAGCCUCCCUCCUCACCGCUGCGCAAGCCGCCACUGAACAAGACGCCCUCCAGCGCGUUGCCGAAGGCACGCUGGACGAAGACGGCAAGCGGGCCAUCGGCUACGUAAUCGAGAAGAACAAAGGCCUAGCGCCGAAGCGGAAAAAAGAUGUGCGGAAUCCGCGGGUCAAGAAACGCAAGAAGUAUGAGGAGAAGAAGAAGAAGUUGGGGAGUAUGAAGGCUGUUUAUAAAGGGGGUGAGGAGAGGGGUGGGUAUGCCGGUGAGAAGACGGGUAUUAAGAGUGGGUUGGUCAAGAGUGUUAAGCUGUGA